CAAAUGGCGACCAAGUGACCGCCAAGAUGCAGGUGCUCACAAAUCAAAUUAUAUCGUCUACAUUAGAGAAUGGAAUGGCUUGAAAAAAGGGUCUGAUACAAACAAAGACCAAAUAUGUCUCUUCGAACAAAGAUCCGUAGCUUUACAGCCUGGGUCAACAUGAGACUGUUACAGUAUGACCAACUGUUAAACAAUUGUCUGAUGGAUCUACUGACUGGUACCCAUAUGAAGUUUCUAAUUGAGAGUAUGACUGGUAGUAGUAUAAAAAGAUUGGAGAGUUUUGAUGGGUUGUCACAGCAGCAGAAACAGACACGUAUCGACUGGAUCGUGGACGAAUUAAAGAACAAUGGUGUACUACCACAGGAUUCCUCGGUUGAUUCACGGUUGUUUGUGAUGAGAAGUGCCGAUCAGAAAGAGAAAGGAGAGCCAGUGGUAUUUGAAGUCAUGUGGAGGCUAGUCAGCCAUGAUAUUUGGUUUGUUUGGGAAAGAGCUGAAUACCUGCAACACGAAGAUGAAGACAUACUCUGCCAAGUACCAUUUAAGUGGACUCCAGAACCUACUCCAGAAAAACCAAAGGCUAAGAAAGCCAAGAAAUCACUGUUGACAGGCUUUGGUCCUGGAGCUGUUAUAGAGGAGCAAUCAGAAUCACAGGAUGAGAUAGAGGUAGUAGAAGCAGAGCCGUAUUCUAGAUUCCCUAAUGCUGAUUAUGUAAAGAAAUUUAAAAAGAAAAAAGUCAAAUAUGAAGAUUAUCCUAGUCCAGAGGAAUGUAUUAUGGAAAUGGUCAACUAUCAGUUAAAGACAACAAGGGAUGGUAGAAGCCUUUAUGCCUAUAAAGUAGAUGAUUUAGUGGACAGUCGUGUUCUGUGUGCACUAGUGAAUUCAUUUGUACCAAAUACCUUCACAUCCGACCUCCUACUGAAUGAUAGAUGGACAAUCAACCUGGCACUGAAGGCAGCAGAGAGGAUGUUCUAUGCUGAUACUCCAUUUAAUUCUGAAGAUUUAGUUGAGUCUGACCCUCAGUCUGUAUGUGCCUAUUUCUGCUUUUUCUUUAUGAUGGGAUAUAAGUUCAGACAAAGCCAAGCAGUCCUCAGUAGAUUUGAUUUUAUGAAUCGUUUAAUCCGAGAAUGUAAUCACCAACUGGACAAGAUGCCAGCAAUGAUAUCUAACAUGCAGGAAUUACAGAGAAGGAAAGAUUUAAAACAGGAGAUAGAACAACAUAAACUAGCUCAGGAAAAAUUGAAGAAAAGAUUUGAUAUAAAGUACUGUCAGAAAUGGAUGCAGCAUGUGGAAGAUGUCAAAAGUGAGGUUAGAAAACAGAUCCGUGAUAAGAUGAAGGACAGAUUUGAUGUUAUAGACGUCCCACGUAAUAUCAGUGUUAAUGACUAUUGUCUGUCAUGUGUUGUUAACUUAACUUUAACUAAUGGAUCAGGAUUUUAUUUGGCAAUGCAGAAAGAGUCUCUACCAGAAGGGAGAAAAGUCGUGUUGAGAAAUAAACGUUCCAAAGAUUUCCAUGAUGAUUUCAGUGGAAAACGAGGAAAGAAUAUAUACAGAGGACCAAGUGUAAGAGAAUUACUAAAGUUACCGUCGGUUGGUUUGGUUGAUGUAUAUCCGAAUGAUCAUCCAGAAUAUGAGAUAUAUGUUGAAGCCUCUAGUCGAAACAAACAACUGAAAGCUGGCCAGCAGUUUCUGUACCAAGUUUUCCAUGGCAACACAGUAUCGUGGCAGAGAUUAUUUAUAAAAGCUGCCAGAGACAAUGAAUACGAAACUGUUGAAAAGAUGAUUGUAUUUUUCCAAAGUCAUCCUGCAUUUAUUAAUUCUAAGGAGCCAAAAUCUGCUAAUACAGCUCUGCACUGGGCUUGUAGAAAUGGACAUUUUGAUGUUGUACGAUUAUUAUUAGAAAAUGGUGCCAAUAUUGAUGCUAAAAAUAUAAUGAAGAAUACUCCAUUGAAUGCUGCUAUAGAAGGUCUUCAUAGAAAAGUCUGUCAUCUCCUUAUAGAAUGGGGUUGUGAUGUCCACUGUAGAAAUACCAAACAACUUUCACCAUUUGAAACUGUCAAAAACGAUGACUUCAAGAAAUAUUUAAUAGAAUUGUAUGAACACUAUUCAAACAUUGUACCCAAGAUAAUGUCAGGUGAUAUGGACCUUCUAGACAGAACCUUGUCAGACCAUUCCAGGGGAUAUAAAGAGUAUUGCUGUUUAAGAAGCAGAUGUAUAAAUGGCAGUACACUACUUCACACUACAGCCUAUCACGGCCACAUACAGGGAAUACGAGAUAUCCUGUCAUUGAGGGUUGAUGUUAAUGUGAGGGACUACAAAGGAGCUACGGCGUUACACAGAUCCAGAAAUGCUUCAAUACUCGAGGAGAUACUUGACUCAGGAGCUUUAGUUGAUGCUGAAGAUUCCGAGGGAAACACACCACUGCAUGUUAAAUGUUACGGAGAAACAGGAAAACCAGCAGAAAUGGCCAGUAUAGAACUUCUGCUGCAUAAAAAUGCCAACAUUUGUAAACGGAACAACAGGAGCCUAUUGCCAAUACACUGUUGUGCUAUGCAGGGUCGGAUUGAUGUUAUGAAGAUGUUGAUUCGUAACGAUCAGGAGGGGUUAAUGAUAAAGACAAUUAAUGCAGAAGAGGAUCAGAAUCCACCAAGUUUGCCACAUCUAGCCGUGGCGAAUGACUUUAUAGACUCAGCUAAGUGGUUGAUAGAAAAUGGAUUUUAUUUCAAAGAAAAGGAACAGAAUAUUCUACUAAGAAGGAUAUUAACUGAGCAGUUGAAUUUGAAGAGUUCAGUAGAUGCUGUCCAGUUUUUGCUUGACAAUGAUGCUGAAGUUAAUCCGAGGUACCCAGGGGGUAAUUGCGCCCUACAUUAUUCCGCUGGACUGGAUGGGACAUCAGAAAUACUAGAACUAUUUUUAUCAUACGGAGCAGAUGUGGACCCCAUCAAUGAGGAGGGUAGGACACCACUGUUUUAUGCCACCCAGGCCAAUAAUCAAUUUGCUGCAUGUGUUCUUCUUGAACAAGGGGCUAAUGUCAGACAGAAAGAUGUACAUGGCUUGACAGCAUUUGAUUACAUCGUGGAUUAUGAUGAGUGGAUUGAAUGUGGAUAUUUUACUGACGACAUAAAAGCUAGAUUAAAAGCUUUCAGUUUAAAGCAUGCCAGAGACUUGGUCAGAGCUAUAUCUAAGAAAGUGAAGACCAAUCCUUUCCAUCCAUUACGUCAGAGAAUGAUAACAGAGUCCACCAUGGGGUUAACAACUCCUGGGUCAGCCAUGCACAGCCCAGUACAGUCCAAACCAUUGUCUAGUGGCUCAGCGAUCUCAGCUUACAGCCAACUGAGUCAAAUAUUACCUCCAAUAAGCAGGAGACAGUCUGUUGGUGUAGGCUAUCUUCAACAUACUGGUAACCUUGGACUUGUGUGAUGAUAUUCCAUAUCAUACCUCAGCUUAAGUCCUCAGUCAGAUAUCUGGAAUGAAUAAGUUACAGAAUAUUGGAAUGAGACAGCUAAGAAUAUCACACAAAUAUUUGUUUUCUACUUGGUGACCACACUAGUAUAAUAAGACUUGACAAUGACCACUCGAUAGACUUUUCUGGUGUCAAAAUAUUCAUAAUAAUGUGUUGUAUUGUUAUAUAUAGGAAAAUGAUUCAUGCUUUAUUUUUCAUAUAUAUAUCAUUUUGUGAUAUUUAUUGUUAUAUUUAUUUAAUACACUAGGCCAAAUUUGUUUCAUGUUGUAAGACCUUUUAAAUGAAUUUUUUUUUAGCGACUUUUGUUGAUAUGUUUCAUGUUGACUAAUAAGGAAAUGUUUUAAAUUUCCUGUAUAUACAACGGUAUACUUAUGUACUUAUCACACGGGACUUACAAGUUAAGGUCAAUUGUUACUGUUAAUUUGCACAUGCACACUUAAGUACAGCCAAUGCUCGCUAAUGCUGGGGCAUAACAUUGUUUUUCUUCAUAAGAAAAUAUUCAUACAAAAGUAAUUUAUUAAGACAUUCAAAUUAUUUUAUCUUGUAGAAAUGAUAAUUUUAACAGUGGAGAAAUAUUGUAUUGUAUUUAACUUAAAAAAUAGCCAGGAAGUAUGAACGAUUAAAUCAUUAUAUGAGAAAAUUAUAAACUAUUGUUAUCUGUGAAGAGUUUUUAGUUUCGGACUUCCUUAAAAUUUCAAGUAGGAGAGCAAACAUUUUGUGAGAACAGGCAUCUAAUAUAUUAUACACAAAGGCUGUUUAUUGAUUAGAAACAAAUAUAUAUUAUAUCAUUCUUAUAAACCACUGAUAACAGAUUUUAAUCUUUUUGAAAUUCAAAAUGUAUUGCAGAAGUUUAUACAUACAUGGACCUGAUACACAAAGUAGAAAUUAAAGGAAAAUAUACAUUGAAAAAAAGAAACUACAUUUUAUUUUCUUCUAGAUGCCAUUGAACAUAGAAGCCAUCAUAAAUACUAAAUUGAAAAAAAAAUGUAUGAAGGAAACAGUAAUGUAACAAGUCUGUAAAAAUAUAUCAUGUAAACUGGUAAAAGCUACCAAAUGUAUGAAGCUUUGUUAGAAUAUGCUGGAGUUUUUUUUCAUUAUUCAGAAUUUGUCAUUAUGCAAAGAUAUAAGCUGAGUGAUACAGCCUACUUUGAGCUCUAGUUUGUCAGUAAAUUCCAAAGUAGUUUAUUAUUCAUAAUUUUAAUCGAUCCAUAUGUUUUUCUAUUACACAGUUUGAGAUGUGCCAAAAUUUGUUCACUUUCACUUUGCAACAUUUAAAUGAAUUGACAUUUCACCCGUCAAAAUAGACAAUGAUAAAUGAUAAGUUCUGUUAUUUUUUUGCCAAAAUCAUAAAGUUUAAUUUUCUUCAAAUGAACACUUAACACUGAUGUAUGCCAAAUUUUAAUUUUCUCAGUUGUGAGAUCUAAAUUUAUAUAAGGAUUUUACAUAUUUGUAUGAAAAUUUUAUUUUAACGUAUUUAUCUUUUUAUUUAUUUAUUUUUUAAUUUUUAAUAGUAUUAUUCCGUCCAAUAUUUACAGAAAUAUAUAUUUGUAGCUAUAUUUUUAAUGUGAUAGUGUAAGAACAGUUGGUAUAUUUGCCAAUGUUAAAAUAACAAAAUGGCUGCUUGUCCAAUUAUUAUGUUAUAAAUGUUGAUUUUAGUUGUUACUGCUGAUACAAUCUGUGAUCUUCUCAAUAAAAAUCCAAUCUUC